ACUAGUUCUGAGAGUCUAUGCAAGCCUCACCAGGAUGAAGCUGCCAGGCCAGGAGGAGUUUGAAGCCUCUAGUGCUCAUGAAAAUGUUCCUGCAGGGGAGCUGGGUAGUGGCCUUGGCCCUGGCCCCAGCCCCGAUGGCCCCUCAGACACAGACAGCAGGGAACUGGGGGUCCCUCUGCUCUUCAUUCAGCUGAAUGAGUUGCUGGGCUGGCCCCAGGCGCUGGAGUGGAGAGAGACAGGCAGGUGGGUCCUAUUUGAGGAGAAGUUGGAGGUGGACGCAGGCCGAUGGAGCGCCCCCCACGUGCCUACCGUGGCUCUGCCCAGCUUCCAGAAGCUCCGCAGCCUGCUGGCCGAGGGCCUUGUACUGUUGGACUGUCCAGCUCAGAGCCUCCUCGAGCUCGUGGAGCAGGUGACCAGGGUGGAGUCGCUGAGCCCUGAGCUGAGGGGGCAGCUGCAGGCCUUGCUGCUGCAGAGACCCCAGCACUACAUCCAGACCACAGGCACCAGGCUCUGCUGGGGAUCUAUCCAUCAAAGAAAGUCUUCUUAUGAUGAGGAAGCUCCCUUGAAGGAACAGCAUCAGAACCUCCUGAGACAGAGGCUGCCUCCAGGGGCUGAGGCAGGGACUGUGCUGGCCGGAGAGCUGGGCUCCUUGGCACAGCCACUGGGGGCCUUUGUUCGACUGCGGGAUCCAGUGGUGCUGGGGCCCCUCACUGAGGUGCCCCUCCCCAGCAGGUUUUUCUGCCUUCUCCUGGGCCCCCCCAUGCUGGCAAAGGGUUACCAUGAGAUGGGCCGGGCGGCAGCUGUCCUCCUCAGCGACCCGCAAUUCCAGUGGUCAGUUCGCCGGGCCAGCAACCUUCAUGACCUUCUGGCAGCCUUAGAUACCUUCUUAGAGGAGGUGACAGUGCUCCCUCCAGGUCGGUGGGACCCGACAGCCCGUAUUCCUCCACCCAAAUGUCUGCCUUCUCAGCACAAAAGGCUCCUCUCUCAACUGCGCGAGGUCAAGGGUCUCGCCGCCCCGCACGUGACCCGGCCUGAGGACAGACACCUCCACGGGCCGCACGCGCCCAGCCCGGAGCUGCAGCGGACCGGCAGGCUGUUUGGGGGCCUUGUCCAGGACGUGCGCAGGAAGGCCUCUUGGUACCCCAGCGAUUUCCUGGACGCCCUGCACCCUCAGUGCUUCUCGGCUGUGCUCUACAUUUACCUGGCCACCAUCACUAAUGCCAUCACUUUUGGUGGUUUGCUGGGAGAUGCCACGGACGGUGCCCAGGGAGUGCUGGAAAGUUUCCUGGGCACAGCGGUGGCUGGAGCUGCCUUCUGCCUGACGGCAGGCCAGCCCCUAACCAUCCUCAGCAGCACGGGGCCAGUGCUGGUCUUUGAACGCCUGCUCUUCUCUUUCAGCAGAGAUUAUAGCCUGGACUACCUGCCCUUCCGCCUGUGGGUGGGCAUCUGGGUGGCUACCUUUUGCCUGGUGCUGGUGGCCACAGAGGCCAGUGUGCUGGUGCGCUACUUCACCCGCUUCACCGAGGAAGGUUUCUGUGCCCUCAUCAGCCUCAUCUUCAUCUAUGAUGCCAUGGGCAAAAUGCUGACCUUGGCCCAUGCCUAUCCCAUCCAGAGGCCUGGGUCCCCUGCCUAUGGCUGCCUCUGCCAAUACCCAGGCCCAGGAGGAAAUGAGUCUCAAUGGACAAGGAUAAGGCCAAAAGACAGAGAAGACAUCUUAAUCAUGGACCUAGGCCUGAUCAACGCAUCCUUGCUGCCUCCACCUGAGUGUGUCCGGCAGGGCGGCCACCCUCGUGGCCCUGGCUGUCAUACAGUCCCAGAUGUUGCCUUCUUCUCGCUCCUCCUCUUCCUUACGUCCUUCCUCUUUGCCAUGGCCCUCAAGCAUGUGAAGACCAGACGCUUCUUCCCCUCUGUGGUACGCAAGGUACUCAGCGAUUUCUCCUCAGUCCUGGCCAUCCUGCUGUGCUGUGGCCUUGAUGCCUUCCUGGGCCUAGCCACUCCGAAGCUCAUGGUGCCCAGAGAGUUCAAGCCCACACUCCCUGGGCGUGGCUGGCUGGUGUCACCUUUUGGAGCCAACCCCUGGUGGUUGAGUGUGGCAGCUGCCCUACCUGCCCUGCUGCUGUCUAUCCUCAUCUUUAUGGACCAGCAGAUCACAGCAGUCAUCCUCAACCGUGUGGAAUACAGACUGCGGAAGGGAGCUGGCUUCCAUCUGGAUCUCUUCUGUGUGGCUAUGCUGAUGCUGCUCACAUCAGCACUUGGGCUGCCCUGGUAUGUCUCAGCCACCGUCAUCUCCCUGGCCCACAUGGAUAGUCUUCGGAGAGAAAGCAGAGCUUGUGCCCCCGGGCAGCCCCCCAGCUUCCUGGGCAUCAGGGAACAGAGGCUGACAGGCCUGGUGGUGUUCAUUCUUACAGGAGUCUCUAUCUUCCUGGCACCUGUCCUCAAGUUCAUCCCAAUGCCUGUGCUCUACGGCAUCUUCUUGUACAUGGGGGUGGCAGCACUGAGCAGCAUCCAGUUUAUGAAAAGAGUGCAGCUACUGUUAAUGCCAGCAAAGCAUCAGCCAGACCUGCUGCUCUUGCGGCAUGUACCCCUGAACAGGGUCCACCUCUUCACAGCCAUCCAGCUUUCCUGCCUGGGUCUGCUUUGGAUAAUCAAGUCUACUCCUGCGGCCAUCAUCUUCCCCCUCAUGUUGUUGGGCCUGGUGGGGGUCCGAAAGGCACUGGAAUGGGUCUUCUCACCACAGGAACUCCUCUGGCUGGAUGAGCUGAUGCCAGAGGAGGAGAGAAGCAACCCUGAGAAGGUCCUGGAGCCAGAGAACCCAUUCAGUGGAAGUGACAGUGAAGAUUCAGAGCUGAUGUAUCAGCCAAAGGCUCUGGAAAUCAACAUCUCUGUGAAUUAGCUGGAGUAGGAAUCUGGGAAUGGAGACCUCGGGAAACUGAGCAUGAGAUGCUCAGUCAGCUGGAGACCUGGAACAAUGGGGCAAGACUGAAGGGCAGCUGGCCAAGACCUCAGUUACCUCCUGAGCAGGGGGUGGAGAGUGGCAAGGACCAACUAGGUUUGCUGUGUGCUUAGGAAAGCUGAUGAGCUACAAGGACUGAUCAGGCCCCAUUCACUAUCCACCCAUUACAGGGACCUGAGUCCAGAAGCCCUUCCCAAUUUGAGCUUUCUGUUCUCACAAAUUCUCCUUUACAGAAUCUGGGGGCCAUCAUAGAACUCUUUUCUGCUUGCAAAAAGGAAAAAAAGUCCCUCUUUCUAGAAUAAGUAUUCCUUUAUUU